GUUUAAUUAGGUUCAUGAUGGCGGACGAUCCCAAGGAUUUUAUGAUGAUGAUUGUAUCUCGCGUUUUCCUCUUUUCUCUCGGAAUAUUGACCAUCAUAGUUGCCUCUCGUAGAGUAGUACAACAAGAAAAAGAGACAGUACCGGAAAAACAAGAUGUAACACAGACACUAACUUGGUAUCACGUGAUUACAUUCCCCAUUGCCGGAUCUAUCAUGCUCCUCGUCCUGUUUUAUUUUUUCGAAUACAUACAACUUAUCUUCAGUCUAUUUUCAAUAGUGAUGUCUGGGAUGACUGUGUAUUGCUUUGUUGAGCCAAUGCUAGAGAAAUGGAAUUGUAAAUCAAACAGAGAGUAUUGCUGUAGUACAAUGGAGUUGAGUGGGUUGCUGUCAUUCUUCAUUGCUUUCAUACUCACUCUGUUUUGGGUCUUAACAAAUCACUGGCUUUUGCUUGACAUACUAGGAGUUACAAUAGGUACAUUUAUGAUACAGUAUGUAAGGCUUCCUAGCUUAAAGCUGUCAUCAAUCUUACUGGUCUUUCUCCUUGUUUAUGAUGUAUUUUGGGUUUUUAUAUCAUCAUCAAUAUUCAAUGCUAAUGUGAUGGUAGAGGUUGCCAUUAAAAAGGCUAAGAGCCCAGUUGCUGUUGUGGCUGACACUUUAAACAUGCCUGAAGUUUCCCAAGCCCAGCCUUUCCUUUCUCUUCCUGGAAAACUAAUGGUCCCUAGUUCCUAUACUGAGGAUAGUUAUUCAAUGCUUGGCCUUGGCGACAUAGUAUUACCUGGCCUCUUGUUGUGUUUAUCAAUGAGAUUUGAUCAGUUAAACAUCAGCACCACUAGCUUAAAAUCAACCAGACACAGACAUCAAUUGCUACUCCUGUGUGGCAAAUGGAAAUACUUCUCCUUAUCAAUCAUGGGGUAUAUAAUCGGUUUAUUUUUAGCAGGUCUAAUGGCUGAAUUAGCUGACUAUCCUCAACCAGCUUUGCUCUAUCUUGUCCCUUGUGUUCUGCUACCAAUGACUGUCAAAGCUCUUGUGCAGGGUCAUUUUAGGAUAUUAUGGCAUGGUCCUUUUACUGAAAACAGCCACUCAUCGUUACCUUUGUAGAAAUUAUAACAAAAAUAUUGACACCAGUGACUUAUUUGUUUUCUAUUCUGCAUUAUUAUUUAUUUCUAAUAAACUGAUAUUAGCAACUUAUAGGCAA